GAGGAGGAUAUUUGCCAAAGCGCGCGGGGAUCACGUAGCGCGAGAGUGGAUUCGCAACCAGCUUCGUUGGGGAGGUCCCUUGCCGACGCUGCCUGGUUUCGUUGCGUUUCCCGUGCUCGUGGGUUUAUCUGAGAUUUUAUUCGCGUUGGUGUUGGCGGUGGCUGUGUAUGCUAAGGCGGUGUUCUGGAGUUUGGGGCGCGAGUCGUAUUGCGUGCUUGGAGACUGAAUUCGUUGCCAGAGUUGGUCCCUUGCUCUCUCAUCAAAUGCAGCUCAAUGGGCUUUGCAGGUCACCGGGUGCUCUUGCCAGAAAUAUUCUGCACAAAGAUACAUCGGUGACUGGAUCUCGCGGCGGAUCCUAUAGCGUGCAUAACUCUGUAUUCUGUCGAGGUUUGUCGUCAAGAAGGUCUUCGGAAAAGGAAAGAACAGCCAAUCGUGCUAGGCGCAACAGCACUCUUGUUCCCAAACAGAGUUCAGGGGAUGUUUCCAACCUUCAAAAUGGCUUGGGGAAUGCGACGGACUUAACGGCAACAGGGACUACGGAGAAUGACUUGGUGCUUCCGAGUGUUGGAGACCCUGCGCUUGCAACUGUUCCAGGAGAGCUGCAGCAAAGGACCCUGGAAUGGCACGGUCUGCGCAAAGCACGCCUGACAGCAAGCUCAUUUGGCAACGCAUUGGGAUUUUGGAAAGCCGGAAGGGCUGAGCUGUGGGAAGAAAAGCUGGGCCUUCGCAAGCCAUUCGCAGGGAACGAAGCCACCAUAUGGGGUACUAACCAGGAAAGCGGAGCCAUCGAGCGGUACAAGGAAUUGACUGGAAACCUUGUGGAACACAUAGCUUUCAAGAUCUACAAGGAAGGUGACGAUUUACACGGAUGGCUUGGCGCAUCUCCUGAUGGCCUUAUAGACGGCAGGAUCUCGGCACCAUACAGCUCCGGUGGGAUCCUGGAAGUCAAGUGUCCACAUAACAAAGGUAGUCCACAAACGGGGGCUCCAUGGACAUCGGUUCCUCAUUAUUACAUGCCGCAAGCUCAAGGGUUACUCGAAAUCUUUGACAGGGAGUGGAUGGAUUUCUACGUUUGGUGCAUGAACGGGAGCUCCAUCUAUCGGAUCUACAGGGACGAAAACUACUGGGGACUGAUAUUUAGGGUAAUGAGUGAGUAUUGGUGGGGAAGCAUUGUCCCCGCAAGGCACCUCUUGAUGAAGGGAAACGAGUCGGACAGAGUGGAGGCGUACCGGCCUCAAGCGAAACACCCCCUCACGGACGAGAUUGUGUCCAUGAGCAGAUUGCUUGCUGUCCGAGCCCCGUUAAUCUGGAAAGAUGUGAAAGGACCAGGAUCGGAAUCCGAAGAGCUUCUCAAGGAAAAACUGGAGCUGUUCUAUUCGUUUUAGAUGGUAAGUGAAUGUGAAUCUGCAAAGUAACUCUUUGAAGGCCUCUUUCCGUCAGCGGUAUUUCUAGCUUUUCUUGCUCAUAUGUGGAAGCUGCACCGGGCUCAUGAGACCAUGGCCGAAGUGACCGCAUAGUUUUUGGACAGCAACACCGCCAAGGGAUUGAUGGUUGAAAUGGGCUCUAAAGGAUCCUGAAGCUGAGGGUUUUUAUUUUUGAGGAUUCCUUUCUAUGAACAUCCUCGACAAGGACAUAACCUGCGAGCAAUGGGACACAACAGGGUCAGAUCUGCUGCAGAAGUGUGUCCGCAUCUGGGAGCUGGUUAGUGAACAGAUCUGAAGACGCCAUGAAAUGGGUCGCUGCGUGUUGUGUAUUGCCUAAACGCACAAUUUAACAAUAUUUCUCCCGGUUAGACUUCAAUUCGCUGGUGAUGUAAGCAAAGCCGCAUGUGAAUCAUGUGACAUUCAAUUAAUUUUUGAGUAAAUGAUGUUCAUGGAUCAAAGUGUUGCUUUGAGGUCUAUUUAAUCCAUGUAAUAUUACAACUU